AUGGAGUACUGGAACUCCACCUUGGGCAGUGGCUUUAUAUUGAUGGGGAUUCUGAAUGACAGUGGGUCUCCUGAACUGCUCUGUGCCACAAUCACUGUCCUAUACAUGUUGGCUCUGACCAGCAAUGGCCUGCUGCUCUUGGUCAUCACAGUGGAUUCCCGGCUCCAUGUGCCCAUGUACUUCCUGCUCGGCCAGCUCUCACUCAUGGACCUCCUCUUCACAUCUGUUGUCACUCCCAAGGCCCUCGUGGAUUUUCUGCAGAGUGAAAACACGAUCUCCUUUGGAGGCUGUGCCCUUCAGAUGUUUCUGGCAUUGACGCUGGGUGGUGCAGAGGACUUGCUGCUGGCCUUCAUGGCCUAUGACAGAUAUGUGGCCAUAUGUCAUCCUCUGAACUACAUGGUUUUCAUGAGGCCAAGGGUCUGCUCACUCAUGGUGGCCACGGCCUGGAUCCUGGCAUUUCUGAGUGCUCUAGGCCAUACCUUGUAUACCAUGCACUACCCUUUCUGUAAAGUUCGGAAGAUCAGGCACCUGCUCUGUGAGAUCCCUCCUUUGCUGAAGUUGGCCUGUGCAGAUACCUCCCGAUAUGAACUCUUGGUGUAUGUGACAGGAGUGACUUUCCUUUUGAUGCCUCUUUCUGCCAUUGUUGCCUCCUAUGCACUAAUUCUGUGUACUGUGCUUCACAUGCCCUCAAAUGAGGGGAAGCAGAAAGCCCUAGUCACCUGCUCCUCCCACCUGACAGUCGUUGGGAUGUUCUAUGGAGCUGCCACAUUCAUGUAUGUCCUGCCCAGUUCCCUCCACAACCCCAGGCAGGACAACAUCAUCUCUCUUUUCUACACGGUUGUCACUCCAGCGUUGAACCCCCUUAUCUAUAGCCUGAGGAAUCAGGAGGUCAUGGGAGCCUUGAGAAGGGUCCUGGGAAAAUAUAUGUUGCCAACACACUGUACCUUCUAA